AUGGACUCCACUUGCGCUAAAAAGCUCAGGCGCACCGUGCUCCUUCUAGAUGGCAGCUAUGGUCUGGAGCUGAAGCGGCGCAAGGCCGAGGGCAUGGACGUUGCCUACAACCUCACGCUGUUCUCGACGGCAGCGCUGAGGGAUACUCCCGAGGCGGUGAAGCAGCUUCACCAGGAUUACAUCAAGGCAGGGGCGCAGGUCAUCACCACUGCCAGCUACGCGGUGACAAAGUUCUACCUGGACAAGAUAGGCGAGGGCCACCGAGUCGCCGAGUUGUGCGCGCGGUCUAUGCAGCUCGCGCGCGAUGCGAUUGCGGCAGAGCAGGCUGGUGGAAGAGUCAUGAUUGCCGCUUGUGUGCCACCCCUCGGCGAGUCCUACCAGACCACUCCGCUGACGGAGGUGGAGAUGCGCGCGCAAUAUGCUGAGGUGCUCCAGGGACUGCGCGGUGCCGACAUCUACCUGUGCGAAACGUUUGCUUCAGUUUCUGAGGCGAGACUCGCAGCUGCAAUGUGUCGCGAGGGAGCAUCAAACAAUACCCGCAUUUGGGUAAGUUUCACACCUCGUCGCGAUAUCCAGAGGGGCGGAUGCCAUCUUGCAGAUGGCUCGACGAUUGAAGAGGCCGUUGCUGCUGUUGGUAGCAUGGAUGGCUUGGAGGCUGUACUCUUCAAUUGCGCAACUCCUGAGCUUAUUCAGCUUGCCAUCAGCGAGUCGGUGAAUGCCAGUGAGAAGCUCAAUCUUGUUUCUCGCCUGAGAAUUGGAGGCUACGCCAACUUUUGGGAAGAGGUGGAUUUGGAGGGCUGGUCCAUCGACAAGCAGGAGAGUGAGACAGGGAAAUCUGAUCAGAAAUCCGGAGGCAUGAUCGUGCGUAAAGACUUGACAGAUGAGGAGUACGCCCACAAGGCUAUCACAUGGAUCCAGACUGGUGCUUCCAUUGUUGGAGGUUGCUGCGGAAUCGGCCCAUCAACAAUCGCGCGCAUCUCGAGAGACGCCAAUAUCGGAAACCACGAAGUGCUUCGCGAAGACCCGUCAGCAAAGUGA